UGGACGACAAGGUCAAGCCUCGUACGACACCCAGUGAGGGGUGGGAGUAUUCAAUAACGGUAGUCAUGCUGAGUUUGGCUGAGUUUGCAGCGGUGCAGCAGAGUAUACCAGAAACGGCCAAGUCAUGGUGGCAAGCUAUAUGUAUUUGGCUUGCUGCGCAUCCCACCUGGUGUAUGUGGGGUAUUGGGAGCAGUACAGGAGACUCAUAAGGACAGAGCCUGCCCACUACCCUUGUGCCCGUGAGAAAGUCAUUGCCAAUCCCGUUCUAAACCAUGUCCUCGACAAGGAAUCAGGCGUCUAGUCCUGGCGCUCGCCUCUGCGGCGUGCCCGGGACAUCAUCGUUCAAAGAUCC